UUCCGGUCUCGACUUUAUCAGUCAAUGUCCGCCAUUCUUUACAACAUGGCGACUGAUCAAACGAUCCAGCUCCCCCAGACCAACAGACGUGAUUGAUAGUCAGGUGUCUGGGUAAUAUAGAAUCUCUGUCAAGUCUGUGUGUCUAUACCUUUAUCUAAAGCCAAUCAUCGGGUACAGCUGGUACGGCAGUUCAAGCAGCACCAUUCACGUCUACAAGACAAGAGUUCUCCAAACCAAGUAUCACCAUGAUUGAAAUCAACCUGAACAACAUCACCGCUUACUUCACUCUGAACAAUACCUACAUCGCCGUCGGAUUGCUGACAUCAUGCAUGUCGCUCUGCGGCUGCGCAUUAAUUCUUGGGACAUAUAUAGGUUUUCAAAGUUUGCGGGCUACUGGUAGAAAGAUUCUUGUAUACAUCACCAUAUGUAACAUGGGUGCGUGUGUAGGACACAUCAUAGGGGCCGCCACUAUCAUUGGCUACGACGAAAAAACAGCAUUUGUCUCGUUUACGCCGUGUGCUGUUUCAAGUGCGUUCACCAUAUGUUUCCGCCUGGGAAGUUAUCUUUGGACCUGCGCGUUAGGCCUUUUCCUGUGCGUCAGCAUGUCGUGGAAACGAAUACAGUUUGGCAAAACCUUGAUGGGCCCAUUCCAUCUAGUCUGUUGGAGUAUACCAAUUGGCAUAACGAUUGCGGUCCUGGUAUCUGACGUCGUUGGGUUUGAUUCUCAACCUCUUACCAAUCAAAAUCGUCCUCCAUGGUGCUGGAUCGAUCAUCAGGCCCCGGAUUACGUCACGUGGGCGUUUUUGACAGGUCCAGGAUGGCAAAUGGGUGCUAUCGUAGUGUGUGCCUGCGCGUACACCGUUCUCCAGUGGCACUCUAUGGUCAAGAAGCCGCCACUUGCUGAGGAUGUAGGGGAGUCGACGGAGAAUCUGUUCAGUCUCUUAACAUCUGCCAACUCUCGCCUUCGCCAAGUCCUCGUCGUAUUCAUCCUCCUCCAAGUGUGGGGCACUUGGAGCUUUCUGGUGUCACUACACCGUCCCAGCCCCAUCUGGCUCGUCCUUCUUCAGGAGAUAGGGAACCACAGCCAGGGGCUAGCUAAUGCUAUCAUUUUUUGUGUAUAUACCGGAGCCGUCAGACAUAAAUUGGCGCCAAAAUUCCAGGCUUGUUGCUGCUGCUGCUGUAGACGUUGUCCAAUCAACUGCAAGAAGAGUACCAUUAGAAUUCCCGUAGAGAUGGCAGCCUUAGGUCCCCAGGGCCCGGAGGGCGAGGGGCUCAUGGUGAGCACAGCAGAGGAUGAAAUAGACUAAUAUCAUUUCUUGUGUAAAAAUAUAUUUUUUUAAUUUAACAAACACGUUGAUCACAAAUAAACAAAUAA